ACAGCCGCGGGGCGACACCUGGACUGCCCCGCGAGAGUGCGGGGGUAGAGCUGCAGGCGCGCCUUCGCGGGAGAGGAGGCUCCGAGCGCCGGGUCCCGAGGAAGGUAGGUGAUGCUCGGAUCUUGCUGCCUCUCCUCAAGUCGAUGAUCUGGACGGAAGGAGAAUCAGUUGUGUCUAAAACUGGUCCAGAGUGGGAGUGUGAGUAGGAAUGCCACCGUAGGAACAAGUGACCUGUCUGGCAAGGAAUUCAUCAUCCUUCUGAGAGCCUCUUCUCCACCUUGUCCCACAGGCCACCACUUCCUCGCUGAAGAGGGUGCGGAGGAUUUUGCAAUCAGUCACCUAAAACUUUAGCUGAGCCAACACAAGACUUUUGUUGCAGAACUGAACAAGAUAUUAUUUCACUUAAUUUUUGCGUCUUUUAAUCAUUUGAACUACAGUCAUAGUUGUUUUGCUUUGAGAAUUGUAAGCCGGAUUUGUUGCUAUUAUCUUUGUGUAUGCGUCUCAAAAUGAUUGACUUGAGCUUCCUGACCGAGGAGGAGCAAGAAGCCAUCAUGAAGGUUCUGCAGCGGGACGCUGCUCUGAAGAGAGUGGAAGAGGAGAGAGUCAGACAUUUGCCUGAAAAAAUUAAGGAUGACCAACAGUUGAAGAAUAUGAGUGGCCAGUGGUUUUAUGAAGCCAAGGCAAAAAGGCACAGAGACAGAAUUCAUGGUGCAGAUAUCAUCAGAGCAUCCAUGAGAAAGAAGAAGCUCCAGGUAGCAGCUGAGCAGAGUAAGGACAGAGCAAAUGAGGCAAAGGAAAGCUGGGUGAAUAAUGUCAACAAAGAUGCUAUCCUUCCCCCAGAGCUAACUGGUGCUCUAGAAGAGCCAGAGGAUGUAGCACCAGCAAGCCCAAGUUCUAGCGUGGUAAAUCCAGCUUCCACCGUGAUUGAUAUGUCCCAGGAAAACACAAGGAAGUCAGCUGUGUCUCCGGCUAAGCAAAGGAAGAACCCAUUUAAUAGCUCCAAGUUGCCAGAAGAUCACUUAUCUCAACAAACCAAAAGUGAGCCGUCAAAAAAUGGAAAGGCUGGUUUCUUUCAGACUUCAAAAGAAGGUGAAUUGUCAGAGUCAAAAGAAGAAUCGUCGAUCCCAGAUAUUUCAAGCCAAAAUUUAGAGAAACCAAAGCAGACAUUUCCAGGCCCUGAGAAUGGAUCUCAGAUCAAAGCUCCAAUCCCCAAAGCCAGGAAAAUGCUCCACAAAUCACAUGAGUUAAAGCAAGAUGAUAACCAGCCUUUUCCUAGACAAAGGACAGACUCCCUGGGUGCAAGGGGGGCUCCGAGAGGGAUCCUGAAGCGCAACUCCAGUUCUAGCAGCACAGACUCUGAAACGGUUCGUUUUCAUCAGAAUUUUGAACCCAAAAGCAAAAUUGUGUCACCUGGCCUAACCAUCCAUGAGAGAAUUUCUGAGAAGGAGCAUUCCUUGGAAGAUGACGACUCUUCAAACUCCCUGGAGCCAUUAAAACAUGUGAGAUUCUGUGCAGUGAAGGAUGAACUCCCACAGAGCCCUGGGCUAAGCCAUGGCCGGGACAUAGGAGAAUUUAGUGUUUUAGAAUCUGAUAGAUUGAAGACUGGAGCAGAAGAUAAAGUGGACGUAGAUGAGUUUUGGAAUGACCCUAAACCUCCCCAGUACAGAAAGCCUUUGCCUUUACAUCAAUCAGCCUCAAGCCCAAGUGCAUCAAAAAAUGAAACAUGUCAACCAAUGACUUCUGGUUCUUUUCCAAUUAAUGGGCACCGUUCUCCCUCACAAGUUUUAACUACAAGACCAGAGUCCAUUGAGAAUUCACCUACCAUCAAUGAACACAAAGCCAAACCAUCAGAACUGUCAAGGCUUAAAUCAGAAUUGUCCAAAAGCCCUGCUGGUAAGAGUUGUUACUACCAGGCUAUAAAAACCAACCCAAUGGGUUUGGAAUGACCAAGCCCAGCCCUGUAGAAGCCCCAUUUUGCCUUUUAGACAUUUCAGCUACAAUUCAGGCAGGUGCCAUUGGGGAAUGAUUAUACUACCUUCUAAUGGGUUUGGAGGUAGUAUAAUCACCAGUAAAUAAAGGGAUAACUCAAACUAAAACCAGGCACACCUGUGUGACUCAGUUAAGCAUUGGACUUCAGCUCAGGUCAUGAUCUCAUGGUGAGUUCGAGCCCCACAUUAUGCUCUCUGAUGUGAGCAUGGGUCCCUCUUCUGAUCCUCUGUCUGUCUCUGUCUCUGCCCCUCUCCCCUCAUGCUUGCUUGCUCUCUCUCUCUCUCAAAAAUAAACAAACAUUAAAAAAAACCACACACACACUUUCUGGCCAUUAUGCUUUUCACUAAAAAUUGUUAGCUACCAAUAAUUUAACUAAACAAAUUAUAAUGUUUUGAGUUAAAUCAAGGUGUGUAUAUAGAGUAAGAAUUAAAUAUAUGCUAAUAUCUUUGUACAGGAUAUAUUAUUCAGUUAUUUUAUCAAUUACCAUUUAAUCAAACUUUGAUAUUUUUUUUUGAA